AUGUCUACCAACUCAACCUCUUGGAAUACCAUCCAGAGUUUCCUGCAAAACUGUGACAGCAAAACCGCCGAUUGUUUCAAUCGAACUCAAUGGAACGAGCUAUGUCGAAUCGCUUCAGAUGUUGCUGGCCAUUUGGAGUGCGUGGCCUUGGAUCAGGUUGCGAGCGGGCUUAAUAAUAUUGUUCGCUUACUUGAAUUCUCCGACGGGUCUCGCUGGGCGGCUCGGGUCCAUAUUGGAAGAAACAGCUCCCCCAAUCUUAGCAGCACCAAGCUUGAGAAUGAAGUUGCUACAAUGCAAUUCAUUAAGGAGCACUGCAGCUUACCAGUGCCUCGAGUUUUUGCGUAUGAGUUGGACGAGAACAAUUCAGUGAGCGCCGCUUUCAUCCUGAUGGAGCUUCUCCCCGGUAGCGUCGCUAUGGAUGCACUUGGCGGCUACGAAGCCAAUCGUGGUGUGAUACCUAAAAAACACCGACAAACAUUCUACCGUUCUGUUGCGAAGUAUCAUGUCCAGUUGACUUCCUUACGACUCCCAAAAAUUGGGACAAUUAUCCGUAACCGUGAGGGUGGAUACGAGUGUGGUCCUUUGCCAGGAAUUGGCGGUCCCUUCGACACAGCAACUGCAUUCUUCGAGGCGUGGGCCGAGAGCGUCAAGUUCAAGUGGGACGAAGAGACAAUCACUCGCAUGAUGCAAAGAGGGCCAAUCCCAGCAGAACAGAUGGUGGCGAUUAUCCAGAACUUCCCAACGCGGAUCAAAGCGAUGGCUAGCCGGCUGUCUUCGUGUGACGAAGGGCCAUUCCCUCUGGCCCAUGAUGACUUUCUCCAUAGUAACAUCAUGGUAGAUGAGAGAAACUUCGAUGUAACGGGAAUCAUCGAUUGGGAAGGUGCUUAUACAGUUCCCUGGGAGCUCAUUGCUUUUCCGGAAUUUCUUACAGCUAUGCCCGUCUCCUUCGACCUGCCUCAAAAAUACGACCAGGAUGGGCACCCAUUUGAUGAGGAACUACAAGAAAAGUGGCGCGAGCGAGGAGAGUAUAUUGAAAUGGUGAAAUUAGCUGAACUCGAAGAUAGCCUGCUAUCAACUUGCCUUAGCAGCAAGAGGAACCAGGCUAUAGCUUAUUCUUAUGGGGCGUAUACUAGUGUUGGAAAGCUUGGUUUCUAUGAUCGUGUUAUGACAGAGUUAGAGUGUGAGGAAUAA